AUGAUCCCUCCAGGCGUGAGCUUUGGAUACUCUGAACUCAGUGUGUCUUUGAAGGGAAAUACUUACUGGUUGGCUAUAGUUGUAACAGAAACGCCCCGCACCAUAUCAUUGCUCAAGUUUGAUUUUUCAAUAGAGAAAUCUGUACUUGUGCCUCUUCCCUAUCAUAGUCUUCAGAGUCGUCGUUUUGAAGCUAGUAGCCUUUCCGUUGUUAGAGAAGAGAAACUUUCUGUGUUAUUACAGCGAGAUAUAAGUUCCAAGACUGAGAUAUGGGUGACAAGUAAGAUUGAUGACACCACCAAAGUGGUGUCUUGGAGCAAGAUCUUAGCAUUGGAUUUGAGCCCUCAUCUUCAGAUUUGGAAUGAUGCAAGUUUCUUGAUAGGCGAAGAGAAGAAAGUCAUCAUGUGUGAGAGAUUGGUUGAUGUGCACACGUCCAAAGUCAUGGUCUACAUUGUUGGGGAGAACAAUGUUGUCACACAAGUGGAAUUUGGGGUUGUUGAAAUGGAUGGAUGUUGGGCAGUUAUCUUUAAUUAUGUUCCAAGUUUGAUUCAAAUCGAGCAAGCUGGAGGCAAUAGGAACAUAGGUAAAUAA